AUGACUUUAUGUCGGAAAAUGUCAAAUCCAAUUCGACUUCCAGAGGUAACAUUAUCAACUAUAAAAUAUUUGAAUGCCAAAAUACGAGUAGCCGAAAGUGAUCAUUUAAAUGUAGGAACAAUUCUUGUUCCAAAUUCCAAUGUAAGGAAAAUGACAGACACGGAAAUAGAUAAAGUACUUGAAAAUUGCACAAAUUUGCAAUUUGAUCACAAAUCAGAUGCAGAUAUUGGAAAAGAGCAUUUGAAUAAACAAUCAUCUGACUGUUUGAGAAAUUUUGUUCAACAGUUUGACUUAUCUAAAUUCAAUCAAAAAGAAAUCUCACAAGUACCUGAUAAUCAAAAACGAACUUCUAGUAGAAGCGAAGAAAAAUUUAAAAAUUUUGAACAUGAAAAUGAUAUUGACGAUAAAACUUUGGACGCAUCCGAAUUACGUUUAAAAUUUCUAAAUGAUUUUACGCAGAGAUAUAUUGUUAGGAAAACAAACGAAAAUCAAUCGAAUACCAAAUCCUUUUAUCCAAUAACACAACAGCCGGAGUAUAAAGAAUCAACAACAACAGUAAAUGCUGACCAAAAAGAUUUGCAACCAAAAGAAGAUGCUGAUGAGUUGCAUAUUAGUUUAGAAAGCUCUUCAGAAUCAGUUGAACUUUUAAAUUAUGUUGCACAAGAUCUUGCACAAGAAAAUAGAAAAUCAAAAACCCAAACAGAAAAUCUUCAAGAUUUUGAAAUCGGAAAUGUACGAAUAUUUUCAUCUAUCUCAGCUAUUUCAGAUACUUCAAUUAAGGAAAAAUGUAGUCCCACUAAAAAUAUACAGGAAAACAAUAAAACUAUUGUUGGAGAGUUCUUAGCGGAUUCUGCUACAAAAACUGAAAUUAAAAGUACUGAGCUUAAGACUUUUUACGAAGAAACUCUUACAGAAGAAUAUGGCAGAAAAGAAACAGAAUGGAAACGUUGGCUGGAAAUUGAAAAAGAUGAUGAAAAUAAAACUGGAGAAAAUACCUUAUCCGAUUUUGAGAGAGUCGUGAAAACGAAGGUUGAUUCAAUGCCUCCAGAAUAUUCUACAAAGAGUCUCAAAAAAACUUCCAAAUAUGCAAUACAUGGAACAGAUGUCGUUCAAACCCAGGACAUCAAAAUGGUAAAAAGUAACGAUAAAAGAACAUAUCGUAAAACAGAAAAAAGAAAAAAAAAUUUUCGAAAGUCAAUGCUUCCGAUAUUUUUUUCGAAACUAACCCAAUUUCAACAGGAAAUAAUUUGUACAAUUGGAAAAAUUAGAAAACAGUACGAAAAUAGUAUAUUUUGUAACCAAUUACGCAGAAACCGGUUAAAAAUGAUGAUUGUACCAGAUAGCGAUGAAGGCAGGAAGAAGAGUGAAAUAAUUGCUAAUGAAUUUUCUACAAGAUUUACAAGAAAUUACUUAUACCAAAUAAACAGAACGAUAGACGAAAUUAUUUUUGUAACAAAUGAAAAGGGUUACUCAAGAGAUAAUUUGGAUUAUUUAAUUAAAGUUUGCGGUUUAUUCGGAUUACUGCAACAAGCAUUGUGCACAUAUAGUAAGCAAGUUAAAUAUUUCAUAUAUGAUGAACAACCGAAGAAAUUGGGUUCAUUAAUCGACUGCAUUAUAGAAGCUACCAAUAUUUGUGUUGAAAAUAAAAUUUUUAGAGAAAAUGACGAAAUAAUUAAGGAAAUUCGAAAGGACAUUACAUUAAAGGACAAUAGAUUUUCAAUGUAUAACAAUAUAUCAAACGAAUUAUAUGGACAAGAUCAGAUUUUACAAAAUAAAUUAAAUAAAAGUGAAGACUUAGGACAACCAACUUCAAAGCAAAUCGGAAUGGGUAAAACGGAAGAAAUGUCAAUAGAAAAGCAGGAAACACCGGAAAAGAAAAUUGCAUUGAAAAAAUCAACAGAAUUAGCAAACUCAGAACCUAAGGAAAAUUUAAGCACUAAAUCUGAGAGGGAUGAUUCAAUUGGAACAUCUAAGCAAAAAGAUACGGCACAAAAUUCAAAAGACCAAAUUCUAAAACAAUUGUUUGAAAAUUUUCACGUUAUUAUUGAAAAAGAAGUUAAACAAGUUUUGAAUCCGAUCGUUCGCCAAUUGAACCUCUUUGCUAAAGACCCAGUAAGCUUUUAAAUUAAAUUUUAUAUAUUUUUUUUAUUAUUAAAUAAAUGCACUCGCACAUACUUUACAUAACGUAUGUACAUAUGUAUGUAUUUAUAACAAUAACAAAUAUACAUUCGAAUAAAUGUUUAUUUUUCAAUUUCAACAAUAAACUUAAUUUUUUUAUAAAUUCUGUGGCAAAAAGGAAUAAUCGCUAAAGUUAAUUUUUGCUCAGUUUCACAAGAAUAAACAUAAAAAUUUUCAUAAUUUUUUGUCUUGUUUUUUAUAAUUUCUACAAGUUAUUUAUAAGAUUAAAAUUCAAAAGCGGUUUGUUAGGUGACAGAAUUUACUUCUACUUAUGAUUGUAGAUUGGUUUUUUAAUUUUUGUCUAUUUUGUACAACUAAAACGACUUUAGCCUUCAUUCAAAAAUUUUUUUGUGUUUAUUUAAAAGCUAAUUAAAAGCCAUUUUGUCUCUUCUUCCAAAUUGUUUCGGAAAAGUUCAAGAUACUAAAGUUUAUUUAAGUUUUUGUUACAAAAUUUUAUUUUUAUAUAAGUAAGGCUUAAAGUAUUAGGACGAUAUGUUUUUAAAUUUUGCAAUUGGCAAUAAAAGCUAAAGUAAGUUUUGCUUAUUAUUCCUUGAAUAUAAAGCAGGAACGAUUUUGAAUACAAUGUAAUUUUGAAAGAAACGCUUAAAAACAGUUUAGCUAUUUUAGCCAAUUACGUUGAAAUUAUUUUAAUGAUAAAAUUAUAUAUUAACGGUUAUUUCAUAUGCUAUUAUUUCAUUUAACACUUUAGCCAUUAGGAAAAAUUUUAAUAACUUUGCUAAACUAAAUGAUAGAGACACCAAAAUUUUUUGGAACAUAGAUUUGAAUAUCGAGAAACAUAGUUGUCUAAUUUUUCGCUAAAGUCGACUUUAGCGAUUAUUUAUUUUUGUCACAGAAUUAUUAAUAGAAUAUAUUGUAUACAAUAUAUAAAUAUACAUACACGUUCAUAUAACAUUUUUCGUGUUUGCUUUACAACUAUUUAGUGUAUAAUU